AUGUCUGACGUUUCGCCACCCAAUGAUGGUUCUAAUAACGUUUUAAAACGUAAAAACGAAGAUUCUGAAAGUAUCGAGGGUUCGAUCAAUGGUGAUGGUAUUCCUGUGAAACAGACGAAAAGAGUAGCUUUCAAUCCUGAAGAACUCGAUUUGCAAGGUGAAGAAGAAGACAAGAAACAUACUGCGCCAACUAUUGGAAUUCUGAUUGACUCUGCUGUAGACUCAAAUGCUGCAGCAAAUGCAGAAGAUACGGAAGAUACAGCAAAUGAAGAAAAUAUUGGUAAAACCGAAGCCGAAACCGAAGCUGAAGCCGAAGCCCAAGCUGAUGUUGAUGUUGAUGUUGAUGUUGAUGUUGAUGCUGAGAACGAGCAAACUGAUCAAGGCGACGAGGCAACGGAUAUUGUCAAGGAUGAAUCAGAACCGGUUUCUUCCUCUGAAGGUGGAAAAAAUGAGGACAUUGAAGACAAUGAAUCUAAAGAACAAUCUAAAGAACAAUCUAGCUCUGAUUCUGUCUCUAAGAACGAGGAAGAGGAUUCGAAAGAUACCAAUACUUCUACAUCUGAGAAGCCUGCAUUUGGCCAGGCUCAAACUGUACAACAAAUCUUGCAACAAGCUGCCUUAUUGUCUGAUCUCGCCCCAACCCCUGCUUCUGCUCCUGAACAGAAAAGUUCUGCCUCCGGUGCCUCUGAUAACUCUGGUGCAUCUGGUAACUCUGGUGACUCUGGUCUUUCUGGCCAUUCUGGCGAAUCUGAUGUUCCUAAUGUUCCAAAUGUUCCUAAUGUCCCAAGUGCUCCUAAAGAUUUUAAACACCCUAGAGAUUCUAGAGACUCUAGAGAUUCAAGAGGUUCAAGAGACUUUAGAGACUCCAGAGACUCAUUUGGCUCAGUAGCUUCUGCUCAACUUCCGGCUGCACCUACGCGUGCGUCGGGAUCAAAUUCUGAUUAUAGAUCGCUGUCCUCUUCGUCAAAACCUUUUCAUGUUGAAGAUGACGCCUCAUUCAUUUCUGUUAGGAUAAUCUGUCCUGUUAAAGAGGCCAGCACAAUUGUUGGAAAACAAGGAAGCAAAAUAAACCAUCUUAGAGAAAAGGCGAAUGUGCGUAUUCAAGUUAGUGAAAACAUUCGCGAUGUUCCAGAACGUAUUGUUACUGUUAGGGGUACACCUGAAAACAUUGCAAGAGCUUACGGCUUAAUUGUAAGAACGAUUUUAAGCGAACCUGAAGAUGAACCAGCCAACAUAAAUAGUCAACAAUACACUUUAAAGCUACUCAUUCCACAUGCUUUAAUUGGAUUUUUGAUUGGUAAACAAGGUUCCAAGUUUCGUGAAAUUGAAGAAAACUCCGCUGCAAAAUUGAAAGCUGCCGAACAACCAUUGCCAUAUUCUACGGACAGAGUCUUGAGUGUUAGUGGUGUGGGUGAUGCAAUCCACAUUGCAGUAUACUACCUUUCGUUGCUAUUAAACGAUCAUCAGGAUGUAUUAAAAAAACACAAGGUUAUAUUGUACAAUCCAGCUAAUUACAGACCAGAAGGUGGCCAUGCAAAUGACCUGCACCAACACCAACGUCCUCCACGUUACCAUCAGCAACCUCCAUCGGGACUGUCACAGUAUGGCAUGAACCCUAUGUUCCAAAACAGGUUUGAUCAAUAUCAGAGACCACCACCACCGCAUCAACAACAUCAACAACAGCAGCAGCUGCUGCUGCACCAGCCUCAACUGCUGCAACUGCCAUAUGAUUUUUCUUCGAUGUUCCAGCCAGCAGUUCAACCUCAACAGCCUUAUGGUGGAUUGCCUCCGCAACAAGCACCUCCAGCAGCUGCAGCCGCAAUUCCUGGCGCUAUGUCAUCUGGAGGUGGAAUGAAUCCACAGCCCUACACUGACGAAUUCAACAACACCCUCAUUGGAGAAGUGAUCAUCCAUCCUCCGCUGCUGGCAGGUGACAAGUACAAUCAGGAUGUUUAUGUUGCCAACUCUCUGAUUGGUUCUGUUAUAGGAAGAGGUGGUAAUAAUAUCAAACACAUUCGUGAAAACAGUGGAUGUACAUACGUUAGAAUUGAACCUGAUAAGGGCCAAUCCAUCAUGUUGGGAGGAAGAGGCUUGACAAAUAUCAGAAGACUCACUUUGACUGGUAGUUUGGAAUCCUUUGACAAGGCAAUCUAUUUGAUCAAUCAAAGAAUCAACGCUGAUAGAGAGAGAAACUCUAGAUAA